UUUCUCGCCCCGAGAGAAGGUUUCUCCAGGGUGCGCCUAGGGUCUGGGAGGCCUGACGCUCAGCCUUUUGGUGGGGAUGGAGGAAUGGGGCUGGCACUUUAAGAAAAAGAUUUCAAAAUUCCGAAUGCAAAAUUGUCGGGGAGCCUCCCUGGGCCUGGCUCGGAAGCUGGGGAGCGCCGGUGUAUCUGCUCCAGGGGCUGCGGCUGGCACUCCGGGUUCCCGAGCCCUGCUUUUAGGAGGACGCCGGGAUGUCCAGAGACCCCUCCUCUCCCGCUGUGCGGGCUCCUUUGUCUUCUAGGCUUUCGUCACGAGUAGAACGCUGGUUGAUGUCGUUUUGAUAUUAAUAUGUUUGCUGCUGCCACCAAGAGCUUUGUCAAGCAAGUUGGAGAUGGAGGGAGAUUAGUUCCUGUUCCAAGCCUCAGUGAAGCUGACAAAUAUCAACCUUUAAGUCUGGUGGUAAAAAAGAAGCGAUGCUUUCUGUUUCCUAGAUAUAAAUUUACCUCAACACCUUUUACACUGAAAGAUAUUCUGCUAGGAGACAGAGAAAUUGCUGCUGGUAUUUCAUCUUAUCAAUUACUGAAUUAUGAAGAUGAAUCAGAUGUUUCAUUGUAUGGAAGGCGAGGCAACCAUAUUGUAAAUGAUGUUGGGAUUAACGUUGCUGGAUCAGAUUCCAUUGCAGUAAAAGCUUCAUUUGGUGUAGUAACCAAACAUGAAGUGGAAAUAUCAACAUUACUCAAAGAAAUCACUACACGAAAAAUUAACUUUGACCACAGCUUGAUCCGUCAGUCAAGGAAUAGCAGAAAGGCAGUAUUGUGCGUGGUCAUGGAAAGCAUUCGAACCACACGGCAGUGCUCACUGUCUGUGCAUGCUGGAAUUCGUGGGGAAGCAAUGCGGUUCCAUUUUAUGGAUGAACAGAAUCCCAGGGGAAGGGACAAAGCUAUUGUUUUCCCAGCACAUACAACCAUAGCUUUCAGUGUUUUUGAACUCUUCAUUUACCUGGAUGGUGCCUUUGACCUUUGUGUCACUUCAGUGUCAAAAGGAGGAUUUGAAAGGGAAGAAACGGCAACGUUUGCACUGCUCUACAGAUUGAGAAACAUACUAUUUGAAAGAAAUAGAAGAGUGAUGGAUGCCAUUUCUCGUUCACAGCUUUACUUGGAUGAUCUCUUUUCUGACUACUAUGACAAACCUCUCAGCAUGACUGAUAUUUCACUCAAAGAAGGAACGCAUAUCCGAGUUAACUUACUUAAUCACAACAUUCCAAAAGGGCCUUGUAUACUCUGUGGAAUGGGGAACUUUAAAAGGGAGACGGUUUAUGGGUGCUUUCAAUGUUCUGUCGAUGGACAGAAGUAUGUGAGACUUCAUGCAGUUCCUUGUUUUGAUGUUUGGCAUAAAAGAAUGAAAUAAAAUGAAAAAUUAAUAUAUUUGCUGGUGUUUUAGAUGCAGUUGUGCCACAAACCUUCCCUAAAUUAUCUAGGUUUGCUUUAAUUAAA